UAAUCUGCAGUAUUUAAAAAAUUAUUCACCAAAUUUGGCCACUAAAGUAAAAAGGGUGAACAACUUUUCUAAUAUUCAACCAAAAUUUCCCAUGGUAAAUAAGUUCAAGGCAACUCAAGUAAGGCCUAUAAGUAUGUCUUCUAUUCAUCAAAUCAAGGUCAAUCCCUGAAAGCAAGAAAAAAUGAGCAACCAAAAAGGUCAUGUUGUUGUGCUCACUUAUCCUGCCCAAGGCCACAUAAACCCACUUCUCCAGUUUGCCAAACGUUUAGCCUCCAAAGGGCUCAAGGCCACUCUAGCCACAACCCAUUACACUGUCAAGUCCAUUCAUGCAACCACUGUUGGUGUCGAGCCCAUCUCAGAUGGCUAUGAUGAAGGUGGAUAUAAGCAAGCUCCUAGUACAGAAGCCUACUUAGAGUCCUUUAAAUCAGUUGGUUCAAGAACUUUAUCAGAGCUCAUAUCUAAGUUCAAAGACUCAGCCUCAUCAGUAAACUGUGUUGUGUAUGACUCUUUGCUUCCAUGGGUUCUUGAUGUGGCUAGGCAAUGUGGCAUUUAUGCAGCAGUAUUCUUGACAAACUCAGCCUCUGUGUGCUCCAUGUACUGGCAUAUCGAUCAUGGUCGCCUGACUUUGCCAGAGAAGCAAGCAACUGAGCCUGUCCUGGACUACCUUCACUUGGCCCUGCUGACUUACCCAGUUUUCUUGCGCAGCCUUCAAGUAAUUCUGCUUAUUUGGCAGUGAUCAUGGAAAAAUUUAGCUGUUUGGAUAAUAAUGACUGGGUAUUCUGUAACAGUUCUGAAGAGUUGAAAAGUGAGGUAACUUUCUUUUAACUAACUAUGAUAGGUGUGUGUGUGUGUGUGUGUUUUUUUUUUUUGGCGUAGGUAGUUCUAUUGUUAAGAAUAGAUGCCAGGAAGAAACAGUCUCUCUUAAAAAGAAAGGGAAAAAAAGAGAGAGAUUAGGAGUUUUUUUUUUUUUUUUUUUUUAGAAUCAAAGAGUAGGAGCCUAAUCUAUCAAAUUCCACAUUAUAGUUUUAUAUGCCGAGUAGUAAGACCUGUAUUUGUAUAAUUGUAUAUCUUUCUCAUUUUGUUCAUUGAUUGUUGAAAAGCUAGUGAAAGCCAUGUCAGGACUCUGGCCCUUGGUGAUGGUUGGUCCAAUGGUGUCAUCAGCCUACCUAGAUCAGCAGAUCAGUGGAGACAUAUAGCUUAUGGCACCAGUCUCUGGGAGCUUAGUAGUAACCAGUGCUUGAGCUGGCUAGAGACGAAGCCACCAAAGUAUGUGAUAUAUGUAUAAUUUAGAAGCAUGGCAGAUAUAAUAAAGUAGUUUUUUGAGUUGUUAAAA